AUGUCGGUCUCGCGAAUCCCAUUUGAGAUCUGGGGCAAGAUCUUUCUCUUGUCUGUACAGGUCCGCGAUAACAAGCUACCGAAACUCCACCCGGACGAAGGUCCACUCCUCCUUCUAAGAAUCUCCCGAACGUGGCGAGACGUCGCUACCAAAAGUCCUCAUCUCUGGACCCAUCUCGCGAUACCUUACAAAGAUGACAAGCGUAUCAUUCCACUACUUCGCAUGUGUCUCGCCUUUUCAAGCCCGCAUCCGUUGACUAUCAGCCUAGUCGGCCUUGUCUAUGAAACUGAGCGGUCUGAGGCCGUCGAGCCCCAGUUUGUCAACGCGUUAUGCGCUCACGUAGAUCGUUGGAAGAGCAUCCGACUACGUCUAUGGCACGAUUCCUCUGUACAGACUCUUUCUACUCACAUGAAACGCUACGCUGACAUCUUCCUAAAGGACGACCACGAUCCAAUCCAUUCCACAGAGAUAUUUGAAGUUAAACCUUCCAACAACUGCGACCUCCAUACGACAGACGACGCAGUCUCUAAGAUUUCGCAUGGCGCUCAGUUCUUUCAUCUUCGCCUAUCAUAUCCUUCGACAGAUCUAGUUGUCCUACGCGAAUUCCUCGCGAGCCUAUCCGCCAUUCGCACUCUGACCUCUUUAGACAUCGAUGUUCCCUACAUCAGGCCGGUUGCCUCACUCUUUGACGGCGACGACGAUAUGCCUACGCCACAACAGUGUUUCCUCUACCUUCGCUCAUUAAAUAUAACCACCGAUACGCCCGUUGCGAUGGAAAAGAUUGUGGCUUUCAUCUUCCCGCCAAAUCUCCAGUCCAUCAGAGUCGCCGUCACCGAUAUCGAUGGUUGGUAUAGUUUCAAUGAUCUUACCCAGAGUUUGCAGUCCCUGCUACGUGGAUGCGCGUCUUCACUCGAGACCGUCGGUCUCAGUAAAUUUCAUGAUUUUGUGCGAAUUACGCCGACCUUGAUGUUCGAGAUGCCUUGUUUGAAGUCAAUCAUAUUUCGAGAGGCACUAAUUGUGGAUGAGUACGUUGAAAUCUUCGAAGCAUUUACGCUCUAUUUCUCUCCCACUGGACGCUUACGUGGGGAGAAUAUCACAACCCUGCAGCACUUUCAACUGGACGUCGUAAUGCCUCUCAUGACAAUCCAAUCCGACUCGUUAAUCCCACUCACUGUAAACGAGGCGUUCUUCGGUGCGCUGGUGAAUAUGAUUCGCUCGCGAUCAGUAGAUCUCCCGGAUAACCCCACAACUUUCGAUGGGCGGAGAGUCCAGCCAUUACUAUCAUUGAGUCUCGGUCCUGGGAUGAUGGAGACAUACAGGCUUUGUAGUGCCCAUUUCAGUGCUUCCACCAGGGAACGAUGGGACUCUAUCUCGGGUCUCAUACAAGAGGUGUUGAUGGAUUGA